AUGAGUUCUCAAGAUAAUAUCAAUCCAAAUUGGCAAAAAAUUGAAAAUGACGUAAAAACAAAGCUUAUAAAAUUUCUUCAAAGUGAUGAAGAAUCGAUUUCUUUAGAUAUAAAUAGUAUCAAUAAAAAUGAUACUUCAAGGUAUCGAAAAAAGUGA